AUGUCGCACUUCAUUCACACCCUCCGCAAGCAGUAUUUCCAACUAGUCGACGUCCCGAAAUUAUCCAUCCCUCCCAACAAUGUCCUGAUCCAACCCGCCGUACAAGAAGCCUUGUACGAGCAAAUGUUCAACGAAGCCCUCACCCCACUACCACCACCAACCUACCGAUCCCGAGUCCUAAAGCUUCUCCUCACACGCAUGGAAGAUGGAAUCCUUAACCCAGAAGAAGACGAAAUCCUCGACCCAUUAAUGGAAUCAUGGGCAAACCUCCUAACAACACCCAAACCAAGCCCCCUAGACACAGUCCAACAAGUCUCCCAAAUAAAAUACACCGCCCCAACACUCGCUACAAGCUCCAACAGCACCAGCGAACGAACAGUAACAAUCUCCGAAUCCCGCGGCGUCCUCCUCUCAGCCGGAACAACGGGAAACAGAACCUGGGAGCCGGCACUACAUUUAGGAUCAUUCCUCGCAACGCCCGCAGGCGAGUCUCUCGUCCGCGGCAAACGGACCAUUGAACUCGGCGCCGGCACGGGCUUUCUCUCGCUAUUCUGCGCGAAACAUCUUGGUGCCAAGGCUGUUGUUGCGACGGAUCGGGAGCCGUUUUUGAUUGAUAAUAUGCGUGCUUGUGUGCGCGUUAAUGCCAGAGAGAAUGAGAAUGGGUGGGGGGAUGGGGAUGGCGGUGGGGGUGGAGAUAAGAGUAGUAUUCCAAUGUAUCCAGCUCUCUGGGACUGGGGUACGAAAUUAAAGACUACAGAGGGAAAGGGAGAGCAUCAGGGACAAGAGCAGGACUCUGUCUCUGAUAGUUUUGAUAUUGCGCUCGGAGCGGAUUUGAUCUACGACGCAGACAUAAUCCCACCCCUCAUAUCGACAGUCCGUGAUCUCUUCGAGAACUACCACAUCGAGCAAUUUAUCAUGGCUGCGAUGCUGAGGAAUGAGAAGACGUUCAAGACGUUCUUGGAUACUUGCGAAACGAAUUCUUUUUCUGUUGAGACGCUGCCGUUUCAAUCUGCGGUUGAAGAGGAGCAGACGGGGUUCUUUCAUUCGACUAGUAUUCCGAUUCAUACGUAUCGGAUUGUGCCUUGUCGAUGA